CAAAGUGAAAGGGUGCUAUGUGUAAAUAAAUGAAUCUCCGGCUCGCUCAUAAUCCAGUGCCUAUGCAGAGUGUAGACUGUAGAGAGAGCAAAACGAAUCCGUGUUUUGCCAACAACGGGAAGGUCUGGAGGCGUGAGGUCACCGGAAACUCCAAACCCUAGCCGGUCUUGCCUAAUUCAAUUCCCUUCGUUAUUAAUUACUUCCCGGCGUUUCCGCUUCUUUUCUCCCUCUUUUCCCCGCUUUUUCUUUCCUGUUUUCUCUCCAAGGUCUUCCGCUGCGACCGGAUCUGAUUAGUUACAUCAAUCCUGAAGAGAACCCAAAGUCAGUCUUUGUAGUUCUUGGUGUUCUAGGGUUUUGAUGUUGGUCAAAGCUAGGUUCUUUUAGAUCUCAGGAACUGUGCUGUUCGAAGUUUGGUGUUUGCUCAGUAGGGUUUGGGUUAAUUCGAGGCUAUCAGAUGCAGUGUUUUGUUGUUUGUUCGGGCCUAGUUUGCGUUAUUGGGGAGUCUUGUUAAGCAUCAGAGAGAAUCUGAGUUGCCAAUGCCAUUUGUUUCGAUUUUGGAGGCUUUUUCGGCGGCUUUUCAGAUACCGGAAAACUUUGAGAUCAAUGUCUUGGGCAGGACCUGAAGAUAUCCAUCUAUCAACUUCUCUUGCCAGCUAUCUUGAUAAGAAGCUUCUUGUAUUGCUACGAGAUGGUAGAAAGCUGUUGGGAACACUUCGUUCUUUCGAUCAAUUUGCCAAUGCUGUGCUUGAAGGAGCAUGUGAGCGAGUUAUUGUAGGUGAUCUUUAUUGUGACAUUCCAUUAGGUCUGUAUGUAAUCCGUGGGGAGAAUGUUGUUUUAAUCGGUGAGCUGGACUUGGAGAAAGAUGAGCUUCCCCCGCACAUGACUCGUGUUUCACAGUCAGAGAUAAAAAGGGCUUUGGGUUUGGACUAUUUUGACAAAGGGCCGCAUAAUGUAUAUGGAUGCUCUGUCUGUGGAAGCUCUCUUGAAUUCAACAUCAUUGACUUGUGGGUUGUGACAUAAAAAGAGACCUAAUAUUGGGCGCACUUUCUACCCUUCAUAAAGGUGAUCAUGGUAGCUGACUCCCUUCAUGGCUCGUAUAACAAACCACCUACUGCCAUACAUUCUUCAUUUAACUGUUUGGUUACCCUACUUAUUGGCUUGGUUAUUUCAGUUCAUGAUGCUGAACCCCAUUUGGUCAGAACAUUUGUGUUUUUUAUAGGCUAACUAUCUUUACUGAUGUUAUCAUUUAACUUUCUUGCCUAAUUUAGCCUCUUGAUGGUUAAGCAAAAGUACCUCGAACUCCCUUUGUGUCUGUUUGCCAACUGGUUCAUAGCAUUGAAAGGCUACUCUUGGAAACAUAUGUGCAUAUUGAUCCCUUUGUGUUAGGCCUUUGGACUUUGGACUUCCUUGGCUAAUAUGGAGCAUUGUAACAUUCUUCAACUUGGAGACCUUGUCCUUCUGGCCGGUUACAGACCCUGGAUAAAGUUGUGUACCGCACCUAAGUGUUAUCAGUCAUAGUGAUGGAGAAUUCCCUCAAUUGUAAGUUUUGAUCACUACUGCAUUCUUCUUGCAUGUCCACAAGUCCAACUACGUGCUCUGCUUAGUCUUCCACCCUGGAAUAAACUUGAGAGUUAUGGAACAGAUUCUAUAGCAUGUUUUCUAGCUCCACGGAAUAGGGAGGGUGAAGCUCUUGGCAAGGAAGAGCAGGAAUCUGAAUACUGAACUUGUUAAUAUUUAUACAAGGUCUCACCCUCUCCAUGCCUGAUGUGUUGGUGCUAUUCAUGGCAUGGGAAUGCACUGGACAUGCACAAGCACUAUAUGUGUUAGGACAACCAAGCUUCUUUUGGGUUGGGGACUCUGAGUAACUGGGGAACGAACAUGGUUCAUAUAAUGGUUUGUUGCAUUGUCACGAGAAGAGUUUGCAGAGGUGCAGAAGAUAUUAUGGUUGCUUAAGCAAGCAGGCAGGAUGUGUUGGCAAGGCAACUGAAUUUGUUACCUGUUAUGUUGUGGUGCACUAUAAGAGUGAUCCCAUUCUUGGCUGCUCUAUUGUUGUGAUGCUGUGUUUGCUGUCUGCCAGCCAGUGGUUCUUUUCUUUGAAGCCAUGAGGCACAAGAUUAUUGCUCCGCAGAGCGAUUGGCAAAAAAUAUGUUUUACUUUGGUUUUGGAAGGAGCUAAUUUACUGUCUAGAAGUGCUUGGCAUGGUUGAGGGUAGGUGAAAGGCAAAGCAGCACGAUCCUAUAUAAAGGAGGAGAGAAGCAAAAGUAUAAAGCAGAGAGAAUGUGAAUGGGGUUAAACUACUAUGUGGAUAAGUCUUAUCCUAUAUAGCUAACCUCAUCAGGAUUAGGAUUAGAUAAUGACAAGGUUGUCUUCUACAAGUAAAUUAGCCUCUUGACAUUUAGCAUGCAUUAGAAUGAUCAUGUUGAGGCAAACGUCUUCUACAUUUCCUGUGGUGCAAUAUAGUAAACAAUUUUGAUUUUGUAGCCUUACCUCCAGAACUGGGUUUUCAGUAAUUAAUUUUAAGCAAACCACUAUAUUGAAGGUAUAUUCUUCUAUGCAUUAACCUGAUGUCCAGAUUCUGUCCUGCUUCCCUGAUCUUGUUUGAGUUUGACCUGAACAUGCAUUAUGAUAGUAAUUUGAUGCAUAAAUCUCACAUGGCUGAGAGAUGGAGACCCGCCUUUGGAUACCUCAUGUGGAAUAUCCUUUUGGAGACACAUCCAAAGACUCUUGGUAUAUAUCUUUGCGUGCAUCACUUAACAGGCAAACCAUUUGGCAUGUAUGUUCCUACAAUAAACUUGAAGACUAUAUCCCUCUGUUCAGUGGUGGAGUUGGUGAAUGAAUCCUCUUCCAGGGUUAAGUUUCAGGCCUGGUUGUGGUAAACAAGAAUUGCCAGAACUCUGGAAGUGGACCUGAAAUUAAUCCUAGAAAGACACACAUGAAAAUAAAUAGCUUUUGAUGUUGUGUUUGUAUUAUGAACUCAAUUCUUACAAAUGCCAUUUAUCGCUGUGGUGCGUAAGUGGUUGCCAUGCAAAUUAGGUGAUUGACACCAUCAAUUUCCUCAAUCAAAUAACAAAGAACAUUUGCAAAUACUUCUAUCAGCACAGCAACCUGUCUUUUGCAUUUUUGUACUUUCCUGAGCUACCUGCUAUCCGUGUUCAAAGCUGGUACAGGAUUUUCUUUGCAUGUAAGAUUGCUUUAGGUGAUUUCAGAAAUUAUUAAGCAUUUGUGAUGUAACUAGUGUUAAUUCCCCAUUG